AUGUCAAUGGAUAUUGUUGACUAUUACGAGGCCUGUGGAUUUAAAUUCCUUGCUGAUCUUGUUGAUGGGCUUGAACGCACUGUCCGUGCUCGAGGUAUCGUCCUACCAAUGUCCGUCGAGUUUGUUCGUGUCAAGAGUUAUGUUAAUGAUGUCAGUGUUCAUGAACCUAUAUUAACUGGUUUAGGAGAUCCUUCGGAAUACAAAGACAAGAAUGUUCUUGUGGUCGAAGAUAUAAUUGACACAGGAAAAACAAUAACGAAACUCAUAAGUCAUUUGGAUAGUUUGUCUACGAAAAGUGUUAAAGUCGCAAGCCUCCUCGUCAAGCGAACAUCAACCAGGGAUAAAUAUCGACCAGACUUUGUUGGUUUUGAAGUUCCAAAUCGAUUUGUUGUUGGCUAUGCUUUAGACUAUAAUGAUAAUUUCCGUGACCUGCACCAUAUUUGCGUGAUUAAUGAAGUGGGUCAAAAAAAAUUCUCUGUACCUUGUACAUCAAAACCUGUUUAA